CAGUGAGCGCUGAGACGCGGUUGUGAAAGGUUGUUCGCGUUGGCCUCUUCCUGCCGCAUCUCUGCGGCGAUUCUGUUAAGAGAUAUUGCCCAUCGCGGAUUUAACGCUGUAAAGAUCCAAUCGAAAUAUUCCUAUCGGUAAAGGAAUUCCUUUUCGGACUUAUGCCAUAUGGCACAACUGAAUAUAUUCAACAAAAGUAAAGUGAUAAAACAAUAAUAAUGACUGAAAAAGACAGCAGUGGAAUAACCCUGAGAAGAAAAAUUAUUUCUCAUCGGAAAGUAAUGUAGACGGAUUUCUACACGUUUCUCAAUAAAAGAAAAAGAGAACAAAAGACAGUUAUUUACUACAAGUACCUUACGUCAAUAUUUACCAUGGAAUCUUCUGAAACGAUAUUAGUUUUUUACGGUUGUUUUGAAAGUGGUUGCAAAAAUUUUAUGUGAUCUGGAAAUUCGAAUUGUGAAAUAUCUUAUGACCACAGGCGCACAGCGAAUUCAAAAUAAGAAAAUAUGAUAGUAUUUAUUAUCUGAGCAUUGAAAUACAAGAGAAAUAUCAGAUUUACAACAGCGAAAUUUGUUUAAGUGUCAGCGGUUAGAAAAUGUGAAAUAACAAAUAUUGUGGUUAGCAGAACAGGAGACAGUAAUUUAAGAAUAAUAAGCUAUUUGAGGAGAGCGAUUUGUGCAGUGUGAUACAUUAAGGAACUUUCGGACUUUCUAGAAUACAAACUAACUCCAAAGGUAAGUGCGUUCCCGUUUGGCAGUCGGUGCGUCUUCGUGCCUGCAUACAGGGAAGCCACGGCAGUUCACGGGAUCAAACGCUGUUAGUCCAGUACCCCUGGACCUGGGCAUCGAUUUAUGCUAACACUGGAACCCGUCGCCCAUCUUGCCACGUGCCAGGCACACCUGCCAUUCGCGACAACCACGUGUCCUUAGUGCUUUUUGUAACUGACAUAUCGAAGUGAAAUAUUAAUUGCUUCUCUGUAUAAAGCUCAAGAAUCCCUUCAAAUCUUUGAAAGACAUGAUCACGAAAUUUUUUUGCCCGUUGUGAAAUUGACGAAUAAUACUAAAAGAAAUACCAGCAGCACAUGCUUAUAAAGAUGUCUAAUUCGGUUCCUUUCUAUUUGACUCUUGUGCAACUGAGCAUGUUACUGAUAUUCAUGGCACUCUUGGGCGGUGUAGGAGGUCGUCCUCCUGAGUGCCAGUGGAAACUCGAAAAUGCGGGUGUUACUGCAAGUGGUGGCGAACAGUUGAGCACUACUUGCCAUGUAAGAACACUAUCAACCAGCCUUUUGACAGAAAGUGGAGGAAAUGCAUCCUUACCAGCCCUUUCUCAAGCAACACACGUCACUGUUCUGACUUUGCACUGUGCCCGUCAAGUAGUAUUUGAGUCGGAAAUAACACCGGGAAUGUUUUCUGUAUUCCCCCGUCUGGAAGAUCUUCAAGUACUUGGCUGUAAAGUUACUGAACUCCCUCCUCAUGCAUUUGCAGGCUUGCCCUAUCUGCGAAGAUUCACACUUAAGGCACACCAUCAGGACUGGCCUGGGGCUGCAUUAGCCAUCCAUAGUGAUGCAUUUAACGACCUAACUCGUCUUGAAUAUCUCAACUUAGCCCACAAUGCAUUAUGGUCUUUGCCACAUGGUGUGUUAUGUAGUCUUCCAUCACUCAUAUCCCUCAAUCUCACACAUAACCGUCUGCAUCAUCUUCCUGACCUUGGACUGGGAGCAGUCAAACCAAAGAAUGAAGCAAGUGAUAUACCAAUAGAGUGUAAUUUACCCUUGCAUCACCUAGACCUUUCAUACAAUCAAAUUGCUGAGGUCCCUGAACAAGUAUUUACAAGUGCAAGUGAUCUAUAUACACUAUCCCUGAAACAUAAUAGGCUAGCACAUCUCUCUGACUGGGCUUUUGGAAGUUUAGCAUCAUUAAAGCUCCUUGACCUCUCUCAUAAUAGACUGGUAGCAAUCCCAAGGUCUGCAUUAGCUGAUUUACAGCAGCUACGGGAAUUACGUCUUGCUAAUAAUUCCUUAAGUGUACUUCCCCCAGCAGCAUUCAGCAAUUUAGGCCAGCUGUUAACACUUGAUCUAAGUCAUAAUCAGCUUACUUUAGGACCUAAUAAUAUGGAACCCUUCACAGGGCUUAUCCGUCUGGUUGUUCUUGAUAUUUCAUAUAAUCAUCUUGUUCAAUUAGGGCCAGACACAUUCAAAGAUCUGUAUUCUUUGCAAGUUCUAAGACUUAACAAUAACCAAUUAAAUCAUCUCGCUGAUGCUACUUUUUCAGGUCUCUCAAAUUUGUAUACCCUUACAUUAACUAACAAUAAGCUUUCAAUUUUAUCAGGAAAAGCACUUCAAGGGCUUGCUGUACUGACUCACUUAUCUCUUGAUUCAAAUGUACUUGAAGCUGUCCAUGAAAAUGCUUUGAAUAACUGUUCCUCACUACAUCACCUAAGUCUUUCUAAUAAUCAUUUACAAGACUUCCCCAUGGCCAUAAAAGGGGCACCUUUAUUAAAAACGCUUGAUUUAAGCUACAAUAAGAUCAGCUACCUGGAUGAAGGAUGUGGUCUAAAGCAUCUCCAGGAUCUUAAUUUAGCAAAUAAUGUCAUUACAAAUGUAAGCCGAUCAUUUUUGUCUGAAAUUCCCUCACUUGCAUUAUUAGACAUGUCAAACAAUGUUUUGACAGAUAUUGGUUAUGGAGCUCUAGAAGUAACACCAAAUCUGAAAGGUCUUAAUCUACAUCAUAAUUCUCUGGGUGAUAUCAAUGGUCUUGUUACAGUCUUACAAAAUCUUACAUGGCUUAAUGUUUCUCAUAACAGUAUAUUGUGGUUUGAUUAUGCAUUAAUCCCAAAGAAUCUGGAAUGGAUAGAUUUGAGUUACAAUUUAUUGGUCAAACUAGAAAAUUACUAUGGGGUUGAGAAAAAACUUGGCCUUAAGAUUCUAUAUGCUACCCAUAAUAAUUUGACUGAUAUAAGUGCUGCAGUUGUUCCAGAUAAAAUUGAAGAAGUACAUCUUGAAUAUAAUGCUAUAUCAUAUGUGGCUUCAAACACUUUCCUUGAUAAAACUAAUGUUACUCUUAUUGACUUGCGAAAUAAUCAUCUAACUAUACUGGAGGAGUCAGCAUUGAGACUCUCACCUCGUCAAACUCCACCCCCUUUACUUUUAUUGUCAAAUAAUCCUCUUGAAUGUGACUGUGGAGCAGAUUGGCUUCUAAGAGCAGCUGGAGCAGGAUUUGGAAAUUCAAUGAGUGGAGGAUCAAUUUUGCCACAUUUGGGAGAUGUGGGUGUUAUUCAGUGUCGUCUCCCAAGUCUUUGGCAUGGGGUGAUUGUGCCUCUAGUAUUUGUACAGCAACAACAGUUUUUAUGUACAUAUAGACGUCAUUGCUUUACACUCUGUCAUUGUUGUGAUUUUGACGCUUGUGACUGUGAACAAACCUGUCCGAGAAAUUGUACUUGCUACCAUGAUCACACAUGGACCCACAAUGUUGUAGACUGUAGUGGAGGUUGGACACAUAUGCCUUCAGGUGUACCUAUGGAUGUCACUGAGGCUUUUAUGGAUGGUAACAAUAUGGGAGCACUUACGUCACAUGCACUUAUUGGUCGUAAAAAUUUAAGGAUUUUACAUUUGAAUCAUUCUGAGAUCACUUCUAUACAAAACCGCACUUUUAAUGGUCUGAAAAACUUAGAAGUGUUACGUCUGGAUCAUAAUAAACUUGAAGUUCUUCAUGGAUUUGAGUUUGUUGAUUUACAUGGUCUCCGUGAACUAUACUUAAAUAACAACCACCUCAAACACCUUAGUAAUGUAUCUUUUUCUCCACUAAGGGCUAUAGAGCUUCUCCGUAUUGAUAAUAAUCUGUUAACUACAUUCCCUGUUUGGAAUCUUGCUCUCAAUCCAUUCCUAUUAGAGGUAAGUCUGUACAACAAUCCUUGGAGUUGUGAAUGUGGCUAUCUGGCUAAUUUGAGGGCAUGGUUAGAGGCUAAUCGAAUAAAGGCAACAAAUGCAAGCAUGGUUCGCUGCCAGCAUAACAGUACCAAAACUAUUGGUCCACCUGUUUUAUCAGAUACUCCUGUCCGGUGUGACCAUUAUGUUGCCACCACUCGCAUUAACAGUCUAAUAAUACAUGACUAUGUUAUGCUACUUCUUAUCACUGCUGCUAUUCUUCUUAUUGUAUUAGCAUCGGCAGUAACUGUUAUUGCAUAUCGACGGCGGUUAAGAUUAUGGGCUGUAAGUCGUUAUGGUAAAAGAUUAUUUGAAAAAUCUACUGCUUAUGUUGAAGAAAGAGAAAAACUUUUUGAUGCCUUUAUAAGCCAUAGUGCCAAAGACUCUACUUGGGUAUGUGGUUUGAUGGCCCCUGAAUUAGAGGCUUCUGGCUAUAGACUAUGCGUAGCUCAAAGAGACUGUACAGCUCCAUCAGCCCCCGUAGCUGGCAGAGCCAUAGCUGAAAGCAUAGCAUGCAGUCGUAGGGUUGUGAUUGUACUGUCACGUGGGCUAGUAGAUGCAGAAUGGUGUCGUUAUGAUUUUAAGAGUGCCCAUGUUGACUCCUUGAAAAAUGUUAAAAAUCGUAACAUCGUAAUAGUAGCUUUAGAAGAUGUACCCAGAUCAGAGCUUGACCCUGAAUUAUCAUCAAUCACUCGCAAUGCAAGCACAACUCUACAGCCACGUGAUCCUAGGUUUUGGGAAAAGUUACGGCGCUCCAUGCCAACCUUGAGGUCUCGUUUAAGAUCAGGCUUGGCCGGUACUAUUGGUGGAAAAGCUGCAAGUAGGCCUCUGGUAGCAGCAGAACACCAGAAUGGUCCAUGGCCUUUCCAAGAAACCAAAACUUCAGGCCAUAAUACAACAAAAUCUCUUACUGUUAAUCCUUACUGGGAAACAGCGGUUGGCACAAAUCCAUCAGAGGUUGCAUGGUCUUCCAGGACAGGCCCAGAUCUUGGAGCACCACCAUGGCUACACAGCCCAACAAAACAGCCUCCGUCCCCUCAUCCAAAAGAUGAGGAAAGGCCUGAUGGGUCUUCACCUGUCGGUUCAGGAGAUGCUCCUGAACAUACAUACAUGAGUGUUAGUGAAUACAAUGAGGUUCAAGCAUCACUCCUUCCCUCAAACAAUUUUACUACUUUACCAGGGCCAAAUCAUAUACCUAAUGGAAAUCUUCCACAAGUGGUCAAUGGAACAGGAGGGAUGAGACACCCCUCUGCACCCUCUUUAUUCAGAAGAGAUGCCCCAGACUACCUCACCCGCAGCUGGAUUUUCCAUCCACCUCCUAAUGAGCAACCUCCUCCUCCAGGUCAAACCUACUUUGUUUAAGAUUUAUUCAAACUCAUGUUAUCACAAUAUUUUUCCCUAUUUGAGGAUUUACUAACGAAGCCUCCUCCUAAUUGAGCUUUUGCUGCAUCUCGUCCAUAUUAUAUAUGAGCAGCCAGUGUAGCCUUAUGCCAUGCAUCAGCCUGUGCCAACCUGUAAUAUAUAUUGGUUCAUCUCCAUCUUUCAGGAUUAUGGUUUCCAAGGUAGCUAUAAUCCGAGUUAUUAGUUGAAGUACUCUGUCCUUAAACCUAUAAUCCCUCAUCACCUUAAUUGAGGGAAUGGCCCACACACAUUCCGCCCAUACCCACAGUCUACCACACCCACAGCUGUUGUUGCUGAUUCCAAAAUUGUCAUCAGUACUCAAGCAGGUGCGGGGAUCUGAUACCUGUGAUGCCAAGCAAGAGGCAACCCGUCAGUGCUUUUGGAAAAGUGGACACAGUGUAUUAAACAUGCGAGAUGUUUUUGUGUGUGUAUAUCAAAGAAAUUCUGUAACUGGAUGGAUACAAUAUUUCUUUAGCUUGAGGCACGAGUAAUAUGCUUUGCAAGAAAUGAUCAAUGUGCAUUUAUCAAUGAAAACAAAUAUUUGCCUCUUAGUUAGCCUCGCUGAAGUGCCACAAUGCCUGACAGUGUUGCCAUGCACAAACUUUGGACUCAAAUUUGAGCAUGGUAGUACCAGCCUAUGCUGGAUAAACAUUAUGCCAGCGAUUUAUAAAUAUAUAAAUAUAUUCAUAUAUACAAAAGUGCCAAGGGACGCGCAGUGCGUAGAUAUAAAAGUUUUGUCGAAUUCAACUUGCAGAACGUGUCCAAGAAUUUUUGUGUAUUGUGGACACAAGCAGCUUGAAUACUCUUCCUAAAUACUGACACAGCCUAGUUGUCAGUGAUGAUGUCUCUUUCAAAAGCCAAAUUAAGUGGUGGCCAAUCUUUGACAAAAUAAAUUGAAAACUGUUGUGCAUAUAUCUAAUAUGUAUCCAAUUGGAUCUUCCAUAUUUUUAGCUACGAUAUUUGUUACUGUUAUUUUUGGAAGAAAGUGGUUGGGCAAGUCAAUAUUUAUAUGGUAAUAUAUAAUCAAAAUACUUAUGUACACUUACUCCAAUUUCAGUUAUGUAUUUAUAAACAUACAUGCAUAAAUACAUUUAUGUGCAAUUUAUAUAUGUGAACGGUUUGUAUGCAUGUGUGCCGCCGAUGUAUGCGUACAUUUAUACGUACAUAUGUAAAUGUUUAUCAUCAGUCUUUUUUAUAAACCAAUUUAUAUAUAUAUAUAUAUAUAUAUAUAUAUAUAUAUAUAUAUAUAUAUAUAUAUAUAUAUAUAGUAUGUUCAUGCAUGUAUGCUUAUAUAAAUUGAAAGCCUCAGAGAUUUUGUUUUCAGACAACGGGAAAAUUGCCCCUAAUAAUGUUUAAAUUAUCCUCUCAAUGCCAUAAAGUCUGCAAUACAAUUCAGUUAUUGACUGCCGAUCAGAACAGGAAAGCUAACUGCCCUUUUUUCCGUUUCGCUAAGUUUGGCCACUCUGGUUAUAUUGUAAGAGAAAAUGUCCCACCAAUGAGCAGGUCAUCUAUUCAUAACCCUAUUACAAAGAUCUAUGCCAGGGUCCUUGUAAAGUCACUCAGCAUCAGGUGCACGGAAACAAUAAACUCUUUGCUGUCAUAUAUAUAUAUAUAUAUAUAUAUAUAUAUAUAUAUAUAUAUAUAUAUAUAUAAGGACGACUGCAUUAAAGAGAUUCUGUUUACUUAUGUUCAUUGAUAAGAAAAAGUGUAUAUAGCCAAUUGGUAUGUGAUAAAAGAAACGAGUUUGUAUUCCUUCUCUGGCCUGUACACAGUCACUUGUAAAAAAGAACAAGAGAGACAAUGUGCAUCUUGAUCUUGAGUAAGCCUCUCACUCUCUCUCUCUUUCUCUCUCACACUCUCUUUCUCUCUCUGUCUCCUCAUCAGACCGGAUAUUUAUUUUUUUGUAUUCAUCCGGGGUGGCCAUCAGUCAUGAGUAGUUAGUGUGUAUAUAUUGUUGAUGUUUGUUAAUGUCUCUUCAUUUGAUGCGCAUUCUGUUUUAUAUUUUUUGUACUUGGACCGUAUUAUUUUUCCGGCCUAGGAUAUAUAGAUAUGAUUUUGUAAAGGUAAAGGUAUAUGAAUAUUUAUUGUAGAAUAUUUUGUAGAUUUAUGCCGUGAUUUGCUUUGAAUUUUUACAGAUAUAACCUGCAAAAUAUUCUGUACUGGAAGAGGUCUGUUAUUUACGCAACAAAGCUGGAAAUUGUUUGCUGUUUUGAAAUGAUUUAUUAACGAAAUUUUGUUAUUUAUCUAAGCUAAAGCAUAUUCUGUUAAGAACUCAUAUUGCAUAUGCUUAUCAGUUGUUUGCCGUUUUUUCUGAUGAAAUAUUUUAUCACAAUGUCAUGUGAAAACCGAACUAUGUGCAUAGUAUUUACGAUUAUACAGGUGCUAUCAUUUAAGCCAAUUAUAUGAAUAGAAUAUUUCACCAAAGUUCCAUGCGUCAUCACACAGUUUUGUAUAUCAUUUCCAAUUUUUAUUAUCAUUAUAAAAACUAAAAGAAUACGUAUAUUUUAUCAUUGUUGUGUACCGAACGUGGAAAAAUACUAAGAUGUGAUGAUGUUUAUUUUCAUUUAUGUACAUUUUUGUACAGUUAAGCUUUCAUGUUCGAAAUUUGUUGAUUUUGAUUCAUCAUGUCUAUAAAAGAAAAAGCAAAUUGCUUUCUUGACAGUAAAGGGAAUUUUGUAAUAAUUGAGAUGUGGAUGUACGAAAAUAUCUUGUUUAUCGAAUUAAAAAUAAUGUCAAGUCCUACAUACACACACACACACACACACACACACACAUAUAUAUGUAUUAUGUAUGGCGUGUAUGUUUGUUUGAAAAUAUAAAACAUGAUUACUUUCUUAAUUAUCGUCUUAUUAAUACAUACACACGCACACACACACA